AUGCUGCGCCGGUUCAUGCGGGAUCUCCGCCCGCUGCGGUCUCUCGCGAGGGUCCCCAGACCGAUCUCCGGCGAGAGUCCAACAUUCCUUAAAUCUAGAAGCAACUCCACAAAGGCAGCUCCAAAGAGUUCUACACAGAAUGCUGCCCCAGGUCCUCAAGGACAACCUUCUCAGUCGGGAAGUAAUGUUUCAAAGCUUGUUCUUGGAACUCUUGUCGUUGGUGCAGCAGCUAUGGGUGCACAUCAACUUGGUUAUAUAGAUCUUCAAUUUAAGGACAAGAAAUUGCCUUUUAGCUUAAAGAAGGAAGAUGCUGUAAAGGUGUAUGAAGAUCUGAAGAUUCCUUCUGAACAGAAGGUUGACCAGACACAAAACGUGUCAGUACCAAACACUGAGAUUGUUCAAGAGGAGGUUCCAACCAAUGGGGAUCAGCCUGUUCCUGCAAAGGAAAAGAAAUCAGAAACCCUAGCCCAUGAGACACAUCAAGUUCCAGAUGAACAUGGAUCUGAUACUAAAAUGCCAUCUGAAGAUUCUCCAGCAGUUGAGCUAAAGAGAGUUCCCAUCGAUGAUAAUGAAUCUGGUGAAGUUCCUCAUGAACAGCAAACUGAUAAGAUAGACAGCACAGUUCCUCCUGUACAGUCAACCCCAACAACAGUUAGUACUUAUGAUCACCCCACAGAUCCAGAUGCACCAAAGGAUCUCACUGGAGCUGUUGCUGUUGAACAGAAAUCUCUUGCUGAGACAUAUUUACUGCAAGAUAAACCUGAUGUUUCAAAAGAUGCAACCAUUAAGGAAAAAAGAAGUGAUGAAGUUGUUCGUGAAAAAACUUAUGAAGAUGGUAAGAUUGUACUUGAUAUCAUUGAGGCUAUUCAUGCUGCCGAAAAGAAGCAGGCAGAUGUAGAUGCAUACAUGUAUUCAGAAGAGAGAAGAAAGUUGAAGGAGAAGUAUGAAAAGGAGCUGAAAGACACCAGGGCAAGGGAACUAAUGUAUGCAGAGGAGGCAGCAAUUCUCGAUAAGGAGCUAAAGAAAGAGAAACUGAAGAAUGCUGCUGCAAUAAAGGAACUGCAAGAAAAGGCUGAACAAAAAUUGCAGGAUGAGCUGCAGAGGAAGGAUGAAGAAACAAGCCAACAAAUUGAGAAGGCUCAAGAGAUAGCAAAAGCUGAACUGGCUGCCGCUGUUGCAAAAGAGAAAGCAUCCCAGAUUGAACAGAUCGCUGAAGCAAACCUCAAUAUUGAUGCGCUGUGUAUGGCAUUCUAUGCACGAUCUGAAGAAGCUAGGCAGAGUCAUUCAGUUCAUAAGCUUGCUCUGGGCACUCUUGCUUUGGAACACGCUUUAUCCAGUGGAUCACCAAUCCGGUCAGAAGUGGAGCUAUUGCGUAAAUCUGUUGAAGGCAUUGACAAAGAUUCACUGUUAGAAUUGGCUCUUUCGUCGCUCCCGGAAGAUGUUUUAGAUUAUGGAUCAGAUACACGGAUGGGGUUGAAGCAAAAGUUUAACUCCUUGAAGGAAACUAUCAGACAUUUCAGCCUUCUACCAGCAGGUGGUGGUGGAAUCCUGGCACAUGCUGUUGCUCGUGUUGCUUCUUCAAUCAAGAUUAAAGGCGAUAACUCUGGAGAUGGCAUUGAGUCUCUUAUAAACAAAGUAGAAAGCUUGAUUGUGGAUGGAGACUUGAGUACAGCGGUUGAUGCCUUGGAGCAAGGAUUACAUGGAACUGAAGCAGAGGAGAUAGCUACCGAGUGGGUGAAGCAAGCCAGGAAACGCGCCAUUGCGGAGCAGACACUUGCGCUCCUUCACGCUUGUACUUCUUCGACCACGUUCUCAUGA